CUCGCCCAGUGACUCCUGCAUCCAGCCAAUAACUUGUGGCCGAGUCAGAGCAGAGCUGUUAGAAAGAGACAGACAGCCUUGAUUAACAGACUCCGAGAGAUGGAGGAUCCACUAGGGCCCUGGCAGAAACCCAGGAAGGUCACUCCUCAGCCAGGAGAAGAUUCUCUGAAUUGCCCUCUGCCUCCCGGCUGGCAGAGCUACAUGUCUCCCCAGGGCCACAGGUACUAUGUGAACACCUUCACCAACGAAACCACGUGGGAACGGCCGAGCAGCGUGCCUGGGACCCCCAGGAGCCCCGGGAGCCAGAAGAGUGCUGUGCCUGCAGAUUCUGCGUUAUGUGAGUGUGCCAUGCAGGCCGCGUCGCUCCAGGGCGGGGGACAGUUUGAGGCUGCAGGAUCAGUUCAGUACUGCAGGAAUUCAGAGCUUGGCCUUGUGGGCAGUACCAUGGGGCGCAGCAGGUUCAGUGGCUCUGGGGGGCUGCACGGGUACAGUGCUUCAGUGGAUGGGCACAGUGCUCAGUUGCUGGACAUAGAGGGUACAGUGGCAGUGGUGAGUCCGGGGUCCCCGCGUGUGCCCAGGAGGCUGGCCAGGGAGAGCUCGAGGACAAUAAACUGUGUGACUUUUCCCCACCCAGACACAAUGCAAGAACAGCAGUUGCUGAAACCCACUGAAUGGAGCUACUGUGAUUAUUUCUGGGCUGAUAAGAAGGAUCCGCAAGGGAACAACACAGUAUCGGGGUUUGAAAUUCUGCUCCAAAAGCAACUCAAGGGGAAACAAAUGCAAAAAGAAAUGGCAGAGUUUGUUCGAGAAAGGAUAAAGAUUGAGGAAGAAUAUGCCAAGAACUUGUCCAAACUGUCUCAGAACUCACUGGCUGCUCAAGAAGAAGGCACCUUAGGCGAGGCCUGGGCCCAGCUGAAGAAAAGUCUGGCGGAUGAGGCAGAGGUUCAUCUCAAAUUUUCCUCUAAGCUCCAGAGUGAGGUGGAGAAACCACUGCUCAACUUCAGAGAGAACUUUAAGAAAGACAUGAAGAAAUAUGACCAUCACAUCGCGGAUUUAAGGAAGCAGCUGGCUAGUCGCUACACAGCAGUAGAAAAGGCCCGGAAAGCCCUGACAGAGAGGCAGAAGGAUCUGGAAAUGAAAACCCAGCAGUUGGAGAUAAAGCUCAGCAACAAGACAGAAGAGGAGAUCAAGAAAGCGAGGCGGAAGUCCACUCAGGCUGGAGAUGACCUGAUGCGUUGUGUGGAUCUUUAUAAUCAAGCCCAAUCCAAGUGGUUUGAAGAAAUGGUGACCAGCACUCUGGAGCUGGAAAGGCUGGAGGUGGAGCGGGUGGAAAUGAUUCGGCAGCACCUUUGCCAGUACACACAGCUGCGGCACGAGACAGACAUGUUCAACCAAAGCACAAUAGAGCCUGUCGAUCAGUUACUUCAAAAAGUGGAGCCUGCCAAAGACAGGGAACUGUGGGUACAAGAACACAAAACUGGAGAUAUCAGACCUGUGGACAUGGAAAUAUAGACUGAUCUGAUUAGUGAUAUGUGAUGGGUUCGCUGGUUUAACCAGGCUAAUGGGUCCUGUAAAGGUUCAGAAGAGGUACAGGACGACAAAAAGGUUGCUCUGCUACCAGAUACCUUGUAUUUAUUGUCUGUAGGGAGUAUCUCUGUCACAUUUGAUCAUCACAUCAGUUCCCAUUGUGCUAUGCCUUAAGCUCCCAACAUUCCAGGGUUAAGAAGCCAGAUGUCUGUUCUUCCUGUCAGAAGUUUCCAGCUGCCAGGGAUGUGCUGCUGCCAGGAGAAACCGAGGUCUUUGCUUCCUGGUACAGAGAGAGCUCUGUUCUUCAGUGACUGUGCACUACACCCAUUGCAUGACUCUCUUUGUGUAGAAUGUAAGAACAGCCAUGCAGCAAGCCUCUGCCAUGGAAGCAGACUAGUGAUUUGACUAUGAUGCUGGAAGCAAGGAGCUCCUGAACAUGGAUCCCAGCACUGCCACUGCUCAGCUGGAUGGCCUUGGGCACAUCACAUAACUUUUCUGGUUCCUCCAUUUAUAAUAAGGGGCUCAUAAUACUUACCUACCUCACAGGGGUGUUGUGAGGGUACAUUGAUUUUGUAUAAUACUUUUUAGCACAACUACCUUGCUACGGUAGUAUGUCUGAGUGCAGGGAGGUACGGGCUUUUCCCCAAAGCAGUAAACAAGGCGAAAGGCUAGGAGAAAACCCCUCAGAGGAAAGACACCUGUUCAAGCCCUUCCUGUUUUAUAAUCCCACUCAGAGACAUAUAGAUCCUCUAUCAUCUCCAUUUCUCUUUGAGGCUAAUAGAAAGUAAGAUUGAAAGGGACCUCUUGCACCAUCUGUUUACCAGGAAGGACUCGGUUGUGCUGUAGCUACCUCAUUAAUUGUCUGGUUGACUUAAGUGACAAAAAGAGGACACCUACCAUGGAAUAAAUUUGAUCUUCAAGUCCAUUCCUGCCUAUAUAGUGUGAUGUCUUACAGUCUCUGCUUUCUGCAGGAUCUUCUAACACUCCCUUUGGGAGGUCAUUUCCCAACCAAAUGGAUCCAAGUUUAAAUUAGCCUUUGUUUAAUUUCCUCGAAAUAACUCCUAGUUUGUAGCCUUUUGGAUGCCCAUGCACUCCCUGUCUCUCCAUCCCUUUCUCGCUUUCCUUGGUGUUUACACCCAUCAGAUGUCUGCAGAUAGUUAGCAGGUCUAUUCUAUUCUAUUCUGUUUAGGUUUUUAUACUGCACUCAUCACUAGUAUCUGAGCUCUUUCCAGCAGUGCAUUAACAAGUGCAGCUACACAUCUGUCACAUGUUGUUUGUUCUCGCAUCCUCCCCCAGAAGGAGAAACAUGCAGUGAAGUGUCUUGUUUUGGUAGUUUUAAAAAAAAUCUUAUUUAUUAAAUAUCCCUGUCUCUACAUGUUUAUAUUGGAGAAGGCAAGGUCAAAGUAAUGUGCCUUGCACUUGGAGCUUGAAAGUGGUGAGGUUAUAAUAGUCAUUACUUCCUGGAGGAGUUCAUUCCACAGUCUUGGACUGGCCCCAAAGAAAAUUCUGUCUCCUGCACAAAUAAGCUUGACUCUUUUGUUGAGUGUUCUACUGUGCCAAAAGAGCGUAGCUAACCAUGGGCUUCAUCUUGGAGCUGUACAUAGUCUUUUUGGGCCCUGACCAUGCAGUGCUUUGAAGAUAAGGACCUAGACCAUGAACUUGAUUUGAAAUUCUAUGGGAAGGUCACAGUGUAGAGCAGGAGGACAGGCUCCCGAUAGCCUGUAUUGCAAAGGGAAGACACUGCAGUGUUUUGCACUAGUUGGAGUUUCCAAACAGCUGAAGGUUUCAUGCCCAGGUAUAUCACAUUGUUGUAGUCCAGCAGUGAUAAAGGCACAAAUAACUGAGGCUAGGUUUUCAUCUGCCAGGAUGGGACAGAGAUUACUCACAGCUGUUGUGAUGAGAGAGGUCAACAUUAGCGAGGAAUCCAUGAGUACUUCUAGACUACAGACUGAAUUGACCAGUUGUGGAUAUGUACCUUCAGCCGAAGAAGACUUCAUUGGGGCUGCAAACUCUUCAAAAUAUUUUCCUCUGCCAAAUAGAUUUUCUAAGGCACCAAGCACGUGCAUAUCUAUCUGACUUUCAGUGUAGUUGAGGGUGCCCAAUACUUUUGAAAAUCAGGCCCUUAACCUGUCCUUAUAAUGUAGCCCCUUGUCCAAUUUUGUUGCUUUUCUCUGAAUUUGUUCCUGUUUCGCACUGUCAGAACUAGGGACAGAAUGCUUACCAAUGCCAUUUGAUAUUUAUAGCUCUUCGAUGUUAUAUAGCUAUGUAAGUUUGACAUUAUCUUUGAAUUACAGUUUUUUCUUGUCUCCAGUAUUAUUCCUGUUGUUAAACUUUGCAGUUAACCCCUUUUUGACAUUGCACAGGACUGCAAGUUCCCUUUUUUAGAUUCAGCAGAAAUCUUGGUUAUGGCUCUUUUGGUCCUGCCACGUGAUCAUCACAUUGGUAACUGGAACAGGUUUGGAGAAGGGCUAUUAGGAUGAUCAGGGGAAUGGAAAGAUGAUUUUAGAGGAAAUUAAAAGAGCUUGGCUUGUUUAGCCCAGCAAAUACCUUCACACUUUCUCCCACACCACCCAAUAUGCAUAGGAGCACCCCGUAAAAACCUGCAAUGCCUUUACACUGUCCUCCUUCAAAUGCCACCUUACAGCUCUCCUCUGCCAUCAUGCCUACAAAGCUAGUGCACCGGCAUGCUGGGACUGUAGCUUAGCACUCUGAUCAGAAUCAUCUCCCUGUUACCGUGAGUUGUUGGGCUUUCUGCUCCUUCGUUGCCUGUGAGAAAGGUGUCAACUCCUGAGGGGUGGGGGAGAGAAUUGCCUGCUUCCUGCAGCAGCCGUGAUUGGCUGCUCUUCCCCAGGAGGCAGACAAAUGGGGCCAGACAGUCAAUCAGAGAGAAGUUUUCCCUAGAUGGUGUUAAAAAUGUGUGCCCCUCAGCCACCUGUCUCACUAUUUAGAAAUGUUAUUUCCUGGAGAUACACCACUGCACAUUCUGAGCACUGGCUAGACUAGAACCCAGUUCGUCUGACUUGCCUUUGCUGCUCUAAUGGGUACAUCACAUUGUGAUGACCUGCCUUUCCUGCUGUUUCUCUGAUCACUCCCCAUCCUCAUCAAUUGUUUGGUUUGAUUAUUAUUACAUUGGUUUUCUGCUUUAGUGAUGUGUCCUUCUGUUACCUUUACUGAGCACUUUAGAUGACAGGCACUGGAAAAGUCAAUAAAAUGUAAGGUAAUGUUUUCAAAAGUACAAUUUCAAAAGUACAAUUUCCAAAAGCCAAAAAACUCUGGCAUUUAGGAACCUAAGUCUUACUGCAGGUAAAUUUGAAAAUGUUGUGUAUUAGCACAACAGUGGCUUUCUUCCAGGCCUCUUGUACUAUCCCAGUUUCCAAGCUUUAGUACAAAUUAAAAUGAAUAAUUUGGAGAACUCUUCAGCCAACUCUUUUAAAACUUUUGCAAGCAAAUGAUCAGUUUUGCAGAUUUUGCAGAUUUUGUGCAACAUUUGUUUUAGUUACUGUUGAAACAGAAAGUGUUUCACCAUAAUUAUAUAAAUAAAUAACUACAUAAUCCAACUUCAUUCCAAAUGCAGGACAUAAAUAUUUAUUGAACACUUCUGCCUUUUCUGCAUCAUUACUGACUAUUUUAGUACUCCAUCUAGUAAUGAAACCUACAUCACUGGACAUAAAUAAAUUAAAAUUAUUCUAACCAUAUUGACCAUAGAUUUUUUGGUAAUACCUUUAGCUUCUCUUAUCAAUUACCUGCAUUUCUUAACUUUAAUUUAUAUUAUUAUCAAUUUCCCCUUUUUUAUUCAUCAUUUUUUUUCCCGUUUCACAUCCCUUCUUAAGCUAGUGAAGGGUUUUAUGGGUAUUUGUUUUUGUUUGCUUUUUAACUGAACAGCCUUUUCUCAUGACUGAAGAAUUGUGGACUUUGGGACAUGUAGUAAAGCAUUCUUAAAUGAGUAACUAUUUUAAUGCAUACAUUUCUAUUUAAGUUUUUUAUUCCCAAUCAGUUUUGCUCAUAAUUAAUUUACCUUUUGGAAACUGGCCCAUUUAAAAUGCUAAGUAUAUAUACAUAUUACUAGUUGGGAUUGUAUUAUUUUUGCUCAUAAAUAUUUCAGGCAGAUCAUGAUAACUAGCACUUUUUAUGUCAGUAAUAAAUUAAUCUUCGAGUCAGAAUGAGGACAGCAAUACUUUUUUGUGUUAGAAAAUUGUCAUGUUUAAUUUAAAGAGACUCCAAAGAAGUUUUACUGUUGGAACUAGAAGAUCUCCAGUUUAUGAUUUGUGUAUUUGUUUCCACAUAAAGGACAAUUAGUGAGAAUUUCCCAGCAUUUCUCAGGAUGCUCUUUGUCACAUGCCUUGUUUUUCACCCCAGAGGUGAUAUACUGUUCUUUUAGCUAAAUCUGAAACAAAUGCAGGUAUUCUGAGCCACAUCCCUCAGCGGUGGGUCCCCAGCCUCUUGUAUCCAGCUGACUGUCAGUCUUGGGUUUUCAGUAGCCACUCUUCUCAGCUUGUUUGUCCUCUAGCUCACUAAGGGUGGAAUAUUUAUUACCAUUGUCUAGGUUGAAUGGCUUUGUAUGCUCCUCUUCAUUUCUCCCACAUUGUUCAAUCUCAUUCACAUCUUCUCCCUCCAUAGCCUCAGACACUUCCUUUCCCCUCACAACUGCAGCGUAAUCUACCCAUUUUAACUUCUUGAUGUUGUCAGCAAACUGAGCUUGUCUGAGUCCUUCACAUUCUACCACAGGAUGCAAAACAGUUUGCAUGUCACACACACGUAGCCUUUUCGGUCUUCAUACACCAGCCUGCCAUGUAUUUUUGGGCAGCCAUUUAUUGAUGUAUCUUACUUAAAACAAACCAUCUUUUUAAGGCCUAUCUUUCUCACUCUUUGAAUUCCUUCUGGAACCAACCCAUUUGCUGUUUCCAGUUCAUUGCUAGGUGGAUGUGCUAAGCCCUGGCUUUAACAAAGAAGUCAGAUCUGCCUCUUCAGUGACUGACAAGCCCCCUGCUGUUCUCGCAGAUGAAGAGCUACCAAACAAGGCUGCUGAAAGAUUCCCAACCUGCUCUAAAAGCUCUCAGCUCCAUAGCCAGCAUUUCUGUGCAGCCACUCAGCGCUCAGGUUGCUGUAAGCCUGCGAGAACUCACCCUUAGGAACACUGGAUCGGUGAUUGUGACAGCCUGAGAGCUCUGGAGGCUGCAUUUUUCAAGACAAGUGAGUUAUUCUAAAAAAGUCAUGAAGUCAUGGAACAAAAUCCUAUUAAAAUAGCUGUUUUCUCCUACCAAAGUAAUUUUCUCAUAUACAACUUUGCCUGAGUGCACAUCUGGAGCAGCUUCCCUGGAACAGCUGUAACUUUGUUUGCAAUGAGCACUAGAAGCAAACCUUCUCCAUUGCAGCGUAUAAAAGAGGAAAAUGUUUGCUUGCUCAUGGGGUUAUUAUCUUAUUGUGUUUCACUUUGCUGUGCAGUUUCACACUGCUUUGUUGCUGCUUUCAAUUUGCAUGUUUCCUACACAACAGUGUUACCGGUGUGCUUAACUAUUCUCUGGCAGAAAGUUACAUUCCCAACACCCUAUUUUAACAAUGUAUCCGAUAUUUUCAAUGGGAAUUCUGACUAAAGCUUUUAGAGAAGGUUAGGUCAAUGGAUUCAAACCAGCACUAGUAAUAACUGCUCAGACUGAGAAGGGUACUACCCAACCUCUGCAUUUCAUCAAGGUUUUAAAAAAUGGGUAAAUUGGACUCCUUGGUCCACAUAUAGAAAUACAUGGCCUGCUCUCCAGAAGUGCUGAGCAUUUACAACUCUCUUGGAAGUAAAUGGGAGGUAAUAGGCAAAGAGAAUCUUUGGAAAUCAAACUACUGAUCUAGGUGCCUAAAUAAGGACUUGGUCCUAAUUAAGGCUUCCAUUUCAAUAAAAAAUUGUGAUCUUUCAAGUCACCAGCAGAUGUCUUCCCACCCCAGUACAAAAACACCAGUUCUGCUACUAAUUAUGAAUGAAAUUGUGGCCAAAACAAUGCUGUAAAGAAUUCAAACUGUACAAGAUCCAUAAUGUACCCAUAGAGAAAUACCCUACUGUUGUUCCAGCUCCUUUUCACCAUGGCAUGUGAACUGGCUUGCCUGAUACUCAGUAAUAUAGUGAUUCCCUGGUCACUUCUCAAGGGUUCAUCAGGAUACUGAUGUAUGGCAACACUCAAGUCAUGUCCAAAGAUUUCCCAGGUUCCUGGGAGGGCGUUGAUGUCCAGAAUCACACCAGGCCACCACAUGACUCAGGGUCCCACAUACACAAACCCCACCCCAGGCAUCCUCCAAGACUUGGGAGCACAUGCAUUCUUUCUCUGACAUAAUGAGGACACGUUCUUUUUCAUUUGCAUGUCUUUUCUUUGGGGAUUUCUUCUGCACACCUGCUAUCUGUGCAAUGGUCAUUACAUCAUGUUUUAAAGUAGAUCUUAUCCAUAAAGGUAUGUGAUUUCUGUUUCUGAAUGCUCAGCUCCUAAUUGUUAUUUUAGACACAUUUCCACCAGAGCUUUAUCUGUUUCCAAGCAUCUUGUUCUUCAGUUUAGAUUUUCAGAUGUCACUGUCAUGUUUAUAUUGCACUAAUGUUCAGAACAAGAUGUCAUGCUUCUUGGAUACAUUUCUAAAAGUGACUGGUGCUCAAACUAUGCUUCAAGCUCCAGUGGUUGGAAGUGCAAUUACUCCUUUUUGGGCUAUACACCAUAGACUCCACUAAUCCUUCCAAGUCUGUUCACCAAUGGGACCAACACUUGGCAUAGUUUGAUUUCUAAUUUUUAAUCCCAUGCACUCCACAAGGCAGAAUCCUUUUGUGCCUGUCUAAAGAUAUGAUUCUAAUAUGCGUACAUUACUAAAGUCUUGUAAAGACCUUUUAAAUAACAUUUCAGGUCAAUAGCAUAAGAAACAGAGAAAAUAUUUACUCGGAUUUGAAACAGAGAUGUGCAAAUAUAAAUUCCCUCAACUUAUAUUAAGUUGGACUAUUUUUAAAAUAUGGUAUGAAAGACAAACUCAGUAGGAAUGCAGACAAAGCCUACCAGUUACUAUGUUCAGAUUCCCUGAGCUUCCAGGAAUACAAUUUGAGCAAAUUGGUUUCAUUUCUGCAGAUUUCUUAGGUAACUGAACAAUGGUUUGAACCUCAACUGCAAUUCCAAAAAAAUACAAUUAGUAACUCCCCCAAAUUCUAAGUGCCUCUUUCAAUUGUACCUGCUACAGUUACACAAGUAUAAAAAUGCAUAGACCCACCUCAUGAACUUCCACAGCUCAGGAGCAGCCAGUGUACAGACCUCGGCAGCUUUCUCAGUUCCCUUUUGAUGCUCCCAUACUGUCACUCAGUGCAGACCCAAACCCAUUUGAUGUUACCUCACUGAUUAUUAAUGUCAAGUAUGGACAUCAGAAAUGCUUGCCACUGAAAUUGAGGGGAUAGCAAACUCUAGUCAUGCUAUAGAGAAGGCCCAUCCACUGCCUCUUCGUCUUGCACCAGCCUCUGCUUCCUUCUCUGCUGCUCUUUGUUGGGUCUAUUCCUUGUUUUGGGAGGGAUCCGAUGAGCUUUCUAGUGCACAUUCAUUUCAGUGGAAGUUGAGGUCAUUCAGCAUUUCACAUGAUCAGGAGCUUUGUCACACUUGCCUUGGAAGGGUAGAGUCCUUCAUGCCACUCAAAGAGAAAUGACCCUCUCCUAAAGGGCAUUCAGAACAACCUCCUACGCUAAUCUUCCAACAAAGGAGCCUUCUAUACAGGGGUGCCAUUGAAACAAGCUGCAAACGUCACAUAAUGGGUCUGAAUAAAGGCCACACUGGACCCAAGCAAAUGCUGUUUUCUGAUGAGGUCCCUGUAAAUGAGGACUCGUCCCUCUGGGGCUGUCACUGUGGCAAAGUGACUCAGCAUGGGAGUGGGGUCACCAUGUGUAUUGGCUGAGGACUAGGACUGGCGUUUGAAGAGUAUUUCUUGGGGUACUCAGGUUUGCAAGACGUCACUGUCUAGUCAUUUGGAUUUAGGAAGGUUUGUCCUGAGACUUGCCACUCCUUCAGAGUAAUGGGUACUAGGGCUGCGAUUUUUAAAGCUGCCUUGGGGGUUUGCCCAAUUUCCAUUCACUUGGUCAUACACAGAGAGAACAGCAUCUAAGAGCAACAGUAUCAGUCUGUUCUGGACAGAGCAAGUGGCAAUAUCAGACAAAUGGAAUCUCCUCUUUUUAAAUUGCUUUCUUUGUUUCAACAGUCCAAAAGAAGGUGGGAAAUGCAGUGAGUAGUUUUGCAGACAGUUUAACUGCAGUUGUUCAAAAGCAGAUCAGAUCAGUGGUGAGCCAUGUUCUAAAGCAGUUUUCUAAUCAAAUGAAGUUGCCUAUAUGGUCCUUUUGCUAAAUACUGACUAAAUUUUUAAAGUAACAAUUGUCUUUUGCCAGUACUAAUGACCUCUUUUUUAAAUGUGUUUAAUCAAAAUUUUAUAUCUUUCCACAAAUAUUGUCUGAAUAGACCCUUAAAUAACUUAUGUAACAUAAGAUCUGUAUCUGAAUAACAAUAGUAAAUCUUUGAUCAGUGUGUAAAUUGUAAUGUGGUCAUUGUCCCAUAAAAACAUAUGAUGGAAUCAUUUUGGCUGAAGAAUUGAAUGCUCAAGAGGUUUAAGGACCUUAGCUGGGUUAAUUGGCAUAGCUCCACUGAAGUUAAUAGGGCGGUGCUGAUUUACACCAGCUGUGGAUCUGGUUCUUAAGUGUUGAAAGCAUUUGCUAUACAUAAUUUUUCUGUCUUGCAAAAAGUUUAACUGUAUUUUCCUGCAUUAUUCAUGAGCGUGUAUGCACCUCAGUGCUUCAUCUCAUCCUUUGUAAAAUAAAUUGUACAGAGAUACAUCGGCUGACCGUGGUGUUAUAUUUACCAAAUUGUUGUUUUAAAUUAAAAGCACACUGUCA